CCGGGAGCCGGAAGCGGACGAAGUCUGCCGACUCGGAACUGCGAAGCCGGGACGAGGCCGGCGCGUCCCCUCGCUGCGCCCCUCGCUCCGGGCCGCGCGCUCCGCCACCGUGCCGGGACCAUGGGCGCCCCGCCCCGCCGGCCUCUCGGCCUCCAGGGGCCCCCGCUGCGGCGGCUGCUGCUGCUACUCCAGCUCCUGCACUGGUCGGCCCCGGGUGGCGCUGCCUUGCGGCUCUUGGACCACCCGGCCCCGGUCUGUUCCCAGGAGGGGCUGGACUGCCGAGUCAAGAACAGUACCUGCCUGGAUGACAGCUGGAUCCAACCUCGACACUUGACCCCCUCAUCGCCAAAGGACGUCCAGGUUGAGGUGCGGGUGGCCCGCACCCGGGAUGGAGACCGCGUCCCCGUGGUUCACAUCCAGUGGGCAUUGCAGACGGACGCCAGCAUCCUCUCCUUGGAGGGGGUGGAGCUCUCUGUCCUGCAGCUGACCACCAACGAGCGGCUGUGUGUCAAGUUUGAGUUUCUCUCCAAGCUGCAGCAUCAUCGCAAGCCGUGGCGCUUCGCCUUCAGCCACUUCGUGGUGGAGCCCGGCCGGGAGUACGAGGUGACCGUCCACCACCUGCCCAAGCCCAUCCCGGACGGGGACCCGAACCACCAGUCCAGGACCCUCCUCGUGCCGAACUGCGACGACCGCGCCAUGAAGGAAACCAGGCCGUGCGUGAGCGCAGGCAGCCUGUGGGAGCCCGACAUCGCCCUGCGCCUCCUGGAGGCCCCCCAGCAGCUGCAGGUCAGCUUCGCCCCGUGGAACGAGUCCGCCCGCUACCAGGUCCUGCUGGAGAGCUUCCGGCGAGACGACGACGAGACGUGUUUCCAGCGCGUGGUGGACAUACCUGCGCCCACGGAGGAGGCCCUCCACCAGCGGGCCAACCUCACGUUCCUGCUGCCCAACGCCGACUGGUGCUGCCGCCACCAGCUGAAGAUCCAGCCCUUCUUCAGCAGCUGCCUGAACGACUGUGACAGACGGACCGUGAACGUCAGCUGCCCCCAGACCGUGGACCCUCCAGGCCCGGUUGCAGACUACGUGCCCCUGUGGGUGUACGUGUUCAUCACGGGCGUCGCCAUCUCGCUGGUGGGCUCCGCCAUCCUGCUGACCCUCUGCAUGACCUGGAGGCUGUCGGGGUCUCGUCGCGAGAAACCGGGCGCCAGGGACCCAGAUGCCGUGCCCACUGCCGGCCUGGCGCCGCCUCCCCUGAAGCCCCGGAAGGUCUGGGUCGUCUACUCGGCCGACCACCCCCUCUACGUGGACGUGGUCCUGAAGUUCGCCCAGUUCCUGCUCACCGUCUGCAGCACCGAAGUGGCCCUUGACCUGCUAGAGGAGCAGGUCAUCGCGGAGAUGGGGGUCAUGACCUGGGUGGGCCGCCAGAAGCAGGAGAUGGUGGACAGCAACUCCAAGAUCAUCAUCCUGUGCUCCCGAGGCACCCGGGCCAAGUGGCAGGCCAUCCUCGGCUGGGAGGAGCCCGCCGUCCAGCUCCGCUGUGACCACCAGAGGCUGGCCGGGGACCUCUUCACCGCGGCCAUGAACAUGAUCCUGCCGGACUUCGAGAAGCCGGCCUGCUUCGGCACCUACGUCAUCUGCUACUUCAGUGACAUCAGCAGCGAGGACGACGUCCCCGACCUCUUCCACAUCACGCCCAGGUACCCGCUCAUGGACAAGUUCGAGGAGGUGUACUUCCGGAUCCAGGACCUGGAGAUGUUCGAGCCGGGCCGGAUGCACCGCGUGGGGGAGCUCACCGGGGACAACUACCUGCAGAGCCCCAGCGGCCGGCAGCUCCGGCAGGCCGUGGACCGGUUCCGCGAGUGGCAGGCACAGUGCCCCGACUGGUUCGAGCGCCAGAACCUCUGCUCGGCGGCCGACCAGGACCUCCAGUCCCUGGACGAAGAGGUGUUUGAAGAGCCGCUGCUGCCGCCGGGACGCGGGAUCGAGAAGCAGAUGCCGCUGGUGCGGGAGCCCACCGUGGAGGACGGCCUGGCGGUGGAGCUGCUCCUGACCAAGGAGGGUGGGCAGGUGGCCCGGCUGCACCCCCAGCAUCAGCCCCAGGGGCAGCUGGUGGCACAAAGCCUGCAGACCACCGUGCUGGCUCUGGAAGCGGCCCCUCCCGCUCAGGCUCUGGAGCCCGUCUCGCCUGCUGUGCUCAGGAGCAGCGUAGCCAGUCAGGUGGCCGUUGUGGAGGGGGGUGAGGCCUGCCCACUGCUGGAGGGUUCUGGCCCCCAGCGGAACAGUGUCCUCUUCCUCCCGGUGGACCUGGAGGACGCUCCUCUCUGCAGCACCCCAAGGGUGCUGUCGGACGACCUCCCCGGGGCCGUAAGGGAGAAGCUCGAAGGCUUGAUGCUCUCGCUCUUCCAGCAGAGCCUGAGCGGCCAGGCUCCCGAGGUCUGGGGGCGGCCGGCGCCAGCCCUCCAAGAGCUACACACGCCCUACGGGGAGGGGCAGCGGGAGUCGGUGCAGUCUGACCAGGGCUACAUCUCCAGGAGCUCCCCCCAGCCCCCCGAUGGGCUGGUGGAAGUGGAGGAAGAGGACGUCGGGCAGGACCUGGGACAGUCGGCCAAGCGACUGUCCCCGGAGGCGCUGGAGAGCCUGCGGAGUCUCCAGAGGCGGCUCUUCUUCCAGGAGCUCCGGAAGGACUCGGGCUGGGACAGCAUGGAGCCCGAGGGCCCGGUCCCAUAGGGCCUGCAGACCCAGGGCGCGAGAGGGAGUGUGAGUGCCCGAGUGUGCACGUGUUUCUGUGUGUGUAUAUGUAUAUAUGUUCCCGUGUGAAAUAGCACCUUUCAAAUGCAGACAUCCUGAUUUUGAUGCCUAGACAGCCUUCAUCAUUUUUCUUUCUGGGGCCGUCUGGUCAUCCUCCAUCCCCACAAAAGUCUGCAGCCCGUUCCCAGGAGCUGGCGGCAGUGGACUGGAGUCUCCAUCGUCCACACAUUUGUUUACUGUGGAUUUUGUGCCUGCUAUGUGCCAGGUGUCCAAGAUACAAGAUAGAGAUAAACUGUACCGGUCCUUGGCCCUGGCCGCUAAGGAGCAGGUUUGCAAAUAGAGGUGGUGUGCAAGCUGUGAAGGCCCAACCGAGGCCUGCCUGGGGCCAGGAACACACAGAAGGGGACCCUGGCCCAGGGCGCAGUCCUGGAGGGGGCGAUGGGUGAGCCGAAGAGGAGGCUGCUUCCCUGGGCCGGCAGGAAGCUUGUGCUUGGAGGAGGCACCGGUGCUGAGGAGGGAGGGGCCCGCCCCCUGCGGGCUGCGCCCCGAGCCUGGGGAGCCGUGGUGGAGAGUCAGCCGCAGCCCAGGCUGGGCGCUGGGCCAUCAGCCCGAAGGCCUGGCACUCCUUGGAUAUGAUGAGCUGUUGCCCUGCAAAGGUGGCGGCUGAGGGCCAAGCAUAGCUGGGAGGCGCCUCAGGUCGUCUUGGAAAGAGGAGACCUGGGAGGUGAGAGUGAACAGCAUUCAUCAAGGAGAAGGGCCUGGCGUCCUGAGCCCCUCCCCCCUGCCCCCUGCCCCACACUGGGUCCAGCAGUAAAGCGAACUGAGUGUGAGCUAUGGAGGGUCCACGUGGGGCGGUGGGAGGGCAGUGAGGCUCUGGUCAGGCCCUUUGUGGGCGGAGGGGUGGGUGCUGUGCUGAUCUUAUUACAGGUGUGAGGUUCAAAGGCAACACUGGGGGAGAGACACUAAGGCCAGUGCGUGAGGUUCCUGGGAGAGCACCCUGGGAUGCCAUCUGGCCCUGCAGCCGAGGGUGUGCCGCGGCCUGUACCUGAGCACUAACCUGCAGCUUUGAGUGUUACGGGGGGUGGGAGGGGAGGAGAGGACUGUGAGACGUGAUGGGAAAGCAGGCAUCUUGGCUGCAUGUGUGUGUGCGUGAAGGGAGGAUCAAUAAAAGGAUGAACACACUUAACUCUGGGAA